AUUUCAUAUCAAUAAUUGCAAACCUCAUCCCGAUUAAUCUUUUCCCACUCACCCAACUAAACUUCCAUUUCUGUAACCGUAUUUUCAAUACCAAUUGUGUUUAAAAUUAAACGUAAUUAAAAAAAGUAAUUAACUUAAUUAACCAAAUAAGUAAGCAUAUUAAUUAAAGACAGCUCGGACGGAGAAAACGAACUCAAAUAAAAACAAGUUUUGUAUGCAUACGAAAAACGAAAAAGGGUCUCGGCGCUUGGUUUUCAUCAUCAUCAGCUCCUCUCGACCUGCAUUGGAGGAGGCAAUCGAGCUUAUCAAGAUUCAGGAGUUGCUCUUGCAAGCGACGUCGUUUUGCAUUUGGGAUAAUGGACGGGCCAAUCCAGAAUGUUAGUAGUGUAGAUUCAUUCUUGAGGAACUACAAGCUUGGGAAGACUCUCGGAAUUGGUUCAUUCGGUAAAGUCAAAGUUGCUGAACAUGCAUUGACUGGGCACAAAGUUGCUGUCAAGAUCCUUAACCGUAAGAAAAUAAAGAAUAUGGACAUGGAAGAAAAAGUUCGAAGAGAAAUCAAAAUUCUGAGAUUGUUCAUGCAUCCUCACAUCAUACGUCUGUACGAGGUUGUGGAGACACAUUCGGACAUAUACGUUGUGAUGGAAUAUGUGAAAUCUGGUGAGUUAUUUGAUCAUAUAGUGGAGAAGGGCAGGUUACAUGAGGAGGAAGCUCGUAUGUUUUUUCAACAGAUCAUAUCUGGAGUGGAAUACUGCCACAGGAAUAUGGUGGUUCAUCGAGAUUUAAAACCCGAAAACUUACUUUUGGAUUCUAAGCAUAAUGUGAAGAUUGCUGAUUUUGGUUUGAGCAAUAUCAUGCGUGAUGGUCAUUUCUUGAAGACAAGUUGUGGAAGCCCCAAUUAUGCUGCUCCAGAGGUUAUAUCUGGUAAAUUAUAUGCUGGCCCUGAAGUAGACGUGUGGAGCUGCGGCGUUAUUCUCUAUGCACUUCUCUGUGGGACCCUCCCGUUUGACGAUGAAAACAUUCCCAAUCUUUUUAAAAAAAUUAAGGGUGGUAUAUAUACACUCCCGAGUCAUUUAUCAGCUAGUGCAAGAGAUUUAAUUCCUCGAAUGCUUAUAGUUGAUCCAAUGAAAAGGAUGACUAUUCCUGAGGUUCGAGCCCACCCCUGGUUCGCAUCUCAUCUCCCUCGGUAUUUAGCUGUGCCACCACCAGAUACAACCCAACAAGCUAAAAAGAUUGAUGAAGAUAUUCUUCAAGAAGUGAUUAAGAUGGGAUUCGAUAGGAAUGCUCUCGUUGAAUCUCUUCGGAAUAGGGUUCAGAACGAGGGUACUGUUACAUACUAUCUGCUGCUGGAUAAUCGUUUUCGCGUUUCUAAUGGCUAUCUUGGAUCUGAAUUCCAGGAGACUAUGGAUCUUGGGUUUAACCGCAUGACUCAAAACGAGACUUUAUUAUCUCCUGGUGGGCAACGGUUUUCUGGGGUAAUUGAUUAUCAACAAUUUGGAGGAAGGCAAAUUCCAGCAGACCGUAAAUGGGCACUCGGACUUCAGUCCCGGGCCCACCCGCGCGAGAUAAUGACUGAAGUCCUCAAAGCUCUGCAAGAACUGAACGUUUACUGGAAAAAGAUUGGGCACUACAACAUGAAAUGCAAAUGGACUCCUGCAAAUCCCGGUCAGCACGAAGGGUUACUUAAUAACAAUGCUAUGCACGACAAUAAUUUUUUCGGAGGCGAUUCUGUUAUUAUUGAGAAUGAAGCCAAUGUUAGGCCCCAAAGUGUCGUGAAGUUCGAAUUGCAGCUUUACAAGACUCGUGAAGAGAAAUACUUGCUCGAUCUGCAAAGAGUGCAGGGGCCGCAGUUCCUCUUUCUCGAGCUCUGUGCAGCUUUCCUUGCUCAGCUUCGCGUACUCUGAAAGUUUAGUUUUUUUUUCUUUUUUUUUUUUGUUUUUUUUUCGUCAUGAUUUUAUUCGGACUACAUUUCGUUUUAGCGGUUAAAAUGUUGUACAUAAUUGUUUUCGGCCAAUGAGCUAAGUCUCUUUUAGGGUUCAUGCCGAGUAGAAAUCUUCUUCCGGUACUCGUUUCGCCAGCCUUUUCAUCGGCAAGUUGUAACUCACUUUUAUGUGGUUUAUUAUGGAUUUAGAAAAUCUGGUAAACCCCUUUUCAAGUUUUUGCUAGUUUAUGACUUUAUGUAGAUGCAUUUU